UUUUUGAAAUUAUUUUUCAAUAACGAUAAUUACACCUGAAAAAAAUAUGUUACGAUCAUUAAGAAAUAAAUUCAUUUUGGCAAAACAAAUAGCCAAUGCUGCAAAUAAUAAUGGUACUGGUGGUCAUACGGUUGGACGAAGAUUUCUAAAUGUACAUGAAUAUGUUGCAAUGGAAAUAUUACAAAAAGGUGGUGUUAAAGUACCAAGAUUUGGUGUAGCAAGUACACCGGAUGAAGCAGUUGAAAUAUCGAAACGUUUAGGUGAAAAUGAUUUCGUUGUUAAAGCCCAAGUAUUGACCGGUGGUCGUGGCCGUGGACAUUUUAGUAGCGGUCUCAAAGGUGGUGUUAAAUUAGUAUAUACAGCCGAGGAAGUUCGUGAAGUUGCGUCCAAAAUGUUGGGACACAAUAUAUUUACGAAACAAACGGGUGAAAAAGGAAUGAUUUGUAAUAAGGUUAUGAUCGUUGAACGUCUUUAUCCAAGACGUGAAUAUUAUUUUGCCAUCAUGUUGGAACGUGCCUAUCAAGGUCCAGUAAUUAUUGCAUCAAGUCAAGGUGGUAUGGCUAUAGAAGAUGUUGCUAAAGAAUCACCGGAAGCUAUUAUUACUGUACCUGUUGACAUAGUGAAUGGCCUUUCCUCAGAGAUGGCAAUGGAUGUUGUACGUAAAGUUGGCUUCCAUCCGAAUAGUCAUGAACAUGCUGCCCAAUUAGUAAUGAAUUUAUAUAAAUUAUUUUUGGAAAAAGAUGCCUCAAUGAUCGAAAUUAAUCCUAUGAUUGAAGAUUCAAAUGGUCAUGUUUUAUGUAUCGAUGCUAAAUGUCGUUUCGAUGAUAAUGCCGAAUUUCGUCAACAAGAUGUUUACGAUCUUAAAGAUCCAACACAGAUUGAUCAACGUGAAGUUGAAGCACAGGCUGCAAAUCUAAAUUAUAUUUCAUUAGAUGGUGAUAUCGGUUGUUUAGUUAAUGGUGCCGGUUUAGCAAUGGCUACAAUGGACAUAAUCAAAUUACAUGGAGGUAGUCCGGCUAAUUUUUUGGACGUUGGUGGUGGGGCAACAGCACAACAAGUGAAAGAAGCAUUUCGUAUUAUUUCAUCCGAUUCCAAAGUGCAAGCUAUUCUGGUCAAUAUAUUUGGUGGUAUAAUGCGUUGUGAUGUUAUUGCCGAAGGUAUUAUUGCUGCAGCACAAACAUUGAAACUAAAGAUUCCUAUCGUUGUACGUUUACAAGGCACAAACGUUGAUGAUGCAAAAGCAUUGAUUGCAUCAUCAAAUCUUCGUAUAUUGGCUUGUGAUAAUUUGGAAGAGGCAGCCAAAAUGGUGGUAAAAAUGUCUGCAAUUAUUGGUUUAGCACGUUCAGCAGCGGUUGAUGUUAAUUUUGAAUUGCCCAUCUAAUUAAGACAACAAUUUGUAUGUAUGUGUAUUGAAGAAUUUCAAGAAUCAAAUAUAAAAAAAAGAACCAUACAGCCUGUCCACUUUAUCCCACCA